GACUUGCAUUUUAGGGGAAAUUAUAAGUUGUAAAAUCAUGUGUAAAUCCAUUAUUACCAAUACAUUAACUACUAUGAGAAUGACACUGAGAAGAGUUCACACUUGAUAGAAGAAGUAGGCUCUUUUUGCUUAUAUUAAAAUCGUAUAGCACAUAAUGAGAUCUAAACGUCAUCACAUUGUAGCACUUAUAAUCUUUGCUGUAAAAGCAGUUACAGUACCAGAUGUUUGUUCUCCUGCUUUAAAGAGAAAAGAAUACAGCUUCCAAGGCAACUUUCAUCACACAAUCAACGAGCCCCUGGAGAUUGUAUGGUUAAGAAACAAAACUCCAGUUUCAAUGUGUCAGUCCAGAAUGGCUUGCUACGACUAUUCGGACAUUAAAACCUCCACGACCAUAACGAUGUCUGGUGAUGGCAGUGUCCAGUACAAACUAAUUAUAAGAAACGUAACCGAUGUGGAUGAAACAAUUUGGUCUAUGAAGUAUCUUGGCCUGGCCAGCCUGAGAAAACAAGAACCUUUGUUUUCUUGCAAAUUAUUUGUUUACGAGUACCCAGCACCUACACUCGUAGACUGCCCCAUGAUGUUGGAAGAAAAUACAAUGCUUAAUUGCACGUGUGCUAAAAACAAUGAAACUGAAGUAGACUUGAAAUAUUCUUGGUUCCAAACAAAUGGAUCUUUGAUCAACAACGGUGGAAAUGUACUGUCAUUACCUGCGUCCAAACAGAAUAGUGGUCAAGAAUGUCGAGGUCAAACCUCUACAGGAGAAGAGUCCGUUCCAGUGGUGUAUGAUCCGUUGAUUAUAGCAAGAGCUAAGCUACUAGACUGUGUAUUGAAUUCUACUGAAAGUGGCUUGACUUUAAUUUGUGUCGCUCAGAAAGUGUAUCCUUCCGCUAACUGUGACUUUACUGUUGGAGGAAACAACCUCCCAUUAGAUCCUGUGUACAUACAUCUACCAAGAAUCACUGAGCCUCUCUAUUACAAUACACAGUGCAGUGUCACGUUAACAGACCUGACACCUGGUUAUUAUGACAUUGUUGUCAGUGUCUACCCCAACGUCACAGGUAGUGACUCUGACAAAAUAUAUUCAGUGAAAGACCAUUUUAUCUACAAAAUCGAAAGUGAUGAAGAAAGUAGGCACGAGACAAAUGUGAUCUUCAAUGAAGUGAUAAUAUGUCUAACACUUUGUCUAUUGAUUUUAAUUGUGAUACUUCACACAACAAUCUUGAUAAGGCGUUCUAUAAAUAACAGCAAACAAACUGUACCUGGACUCAUGAAAGGAAAGAAUGAAGUAGAGAAAAAGAAUGUUGACCAUAACUUCAACGAUGUUGACCACAUCAUUUCUGAUAAAGAAAACAUAGAAACUUUGAUCAAUUUGGUUCUAGCAGAACCAGAUUUGAAUGAGAUGGGUCCGUUGUUAAAAAUAAAACAGAAAGAGAUGUUUGAAAAACUUUAAAGCGCAAGACUUUCUUUCAGAAAUUGAAUUUUGAAAAACAUAUUUCUAACAAACAAGUUGUUUGUACCUUUUAUCAGCAUGAUGUUUUACUUGUAACUAAUUUACAAUCUAAUAUUUGUUAUUUUAAUAUUUAUUUUUAUGUAAUGGCAAGAUGAUAUAUUUAUCAAACAUAAUAGGUAGACUAAUAUAGAAAUAAUUCUAAAGUAAAAAAAAAUGUUGAUUUAAAAUUAAACUAUAAACUUAAUCCACCACAUACACUCUAAGAAUUAACCACACGUGGAUGAGCAUACAUUAAAGAUCUAGACCUGUAAAGAAAUAGACGUAAAUUACAAAAUGGAACGAAAGAAAGUUACACACCAAAAAAGUGUCAAUAAAUGCUCAAGCGGAAGAAUAUUAUUGUUUUUGUACUUAAGACAUUCAAAUGUCGGUUUUCAAAGACGUUGUUGGUAGAAUUGUGAAUGUAGAAAAAAAAUCAUUUUUGGUCAAAAAAAAAUUCGAUCUUGAAGAUGACUUAGCUCUCCUAGGAUUAAGUUCAUUAAGAAUAUAUGCUAAAUUGUUCUUAUUGGAGAAAUAAACAUCAUGAGUGAAACAAAUAAAUGAAUGAGUGGUCAGGACAAAGAUUUUUAUAUUGUAGGUCUGAUUGUUUCACAUUGUUGUUCUUGUAGUUGAAUUUUUUUUUAUCUAUUUAUGUUUAUAUUGUAAUAUCGUUACAAGUUCCAUUUCAUUAAGCUAUUGAGGCCUAUACCAAAUGUACAGAAAAUGUAAACCUGUUUUGUUGAUAAGUAUAAAAAGAUAACCAUUCAAUUUAGUGUUAUUUCAGUACCUGUAUUCUCCGAUUUUAAAAACCAUAGCCUAUUAAUUUCAUUUUUGUAAUAUUUUUUUAAAUGCUAAAAUUACAUUGAUUGAAUAUAUAACUCUAGAGAAACAAAUGAUACACUAACGGUCUAAAUGUGAAUAUGUUUAGGCUUUUGAAGAAAGAAAUAAAAUUCAUUAGUACAUUUGUUUAAAAAAAA